AUGGGUACCCCUGAUGUCCGUGUUGACACCAGGCUAAACAAAUUCCUUUGGUCAAAGGGUGUCAGAAAUGUGCCUUUCCGAGUUCGUGUAAGGCUUUCUCGCAGACGUAAUGAUGAUGAGGACUCUGCACACAAAUUAUUCACCCUUGUGACGUAUGUGCCAGUUGCAUCUAUCAAGGGCUUGCAAACUGAGAAUGUUGAUGCUAGCCAAGAA